AUGGUCUAUUGUGGCAAGCCCAGCAAAGGCUGCGGCCAGUGUCGCACCAGGAAGAUCCGAUGCGAUCAAGCCCGACCCGCCUGUUCACAAUGCGUCCGGGCCAAGCGGGACUGCCCCGGAUACCGGGAUCAGCUAUCAUUAAUGUUUCGCGACGAAAGCAAAUCAGUUGUGCGCAAGGCAGUGGCUAGCUCCUCUUCUAGCUCUGAUUCUUCAACGCGGUCUAGACAGAAGCGGUCACCAGCCCGAUUGCCUCGCAUUGCAUCCCCAGGUGGGAAUCUGACGACCCUGGCGGCGGUGGAGCCGGCACAAUACUUCAACCUCGCGGAUCCACAGCUGGACUAUACCAUGCAGCGCCUCUCGCAAAUGCCGCUCGAGGUCCAACCGCUACCCCACACAUCUAAACAAGAGGUGAUCUGCUAUUUCUUGCGAGGCAAUGCCAUCCCUGGUAGCCUUUGGAUGGGGGACUUUGUCACCCAGUUUCUGGCUGAGCCGGGGGCGACAGCUAGCCAACGAGCGAUGCAAUCCAGUGUAAUCGCCGUGUCAUCGGCCAUGCUAUGCCGUGUUCGGAAAAUGACCUCACUAAAAGAGGCGGCACAAAAGGAAUAUGUAUCCGCGCUUAACCUACUCAACACGGCCCUGGCCGAUGUGGAAGAGGCCAAGUCUAAUCACGCAUUGGGGGCGGUCGUAUUGCUUGCCGUUUAUGAAGUUGUGACUUCGCGAGCCCCGCGGGAUAUUGACCAAUGGACAAACCAUAUUACUGGUGCCACGGCGCUCCUGGAUUUGCGGGGAACCGAGCAGUUGAAAACAGAAAUUGGGCUUCGUCUGUUUCUGCACCUCCGAUAUCAGAUUGUCAUCAGCUGUAUCCAACGAGAUGCUCGCGUGCCGCAGUCUUUACUCGAGUGUACCAAGUACGCCAUGUUUCUCCGGCCGGGCGAAGCACACAGCAACCGGUUGAUCAUGAUCAUCGGCCGACUUUCCAACCUUCGCGCGGACAUUCACGAGAAAAUUCUGACCGAUCAUCGGGAGAUCAUAUCCAUGGCCUCCAGUAUCGAGGCGGAGCUGGUUGCCUGGCUCGCCGCGCUGCCGCCCGAUUUCACCUAUGAAACUCACACUAAGUCCCCUCAUGAUUUUCUGUUCCAAGAGCGUUGCCGUGGGCUGGCCCUGUACGACGACCAAUAUCACGAGUACCCCAGCCUUUGGGUCUGCAACACGUGGAACCAGUACCGCUGCGCGCGCAUCCUCGUCAGCGAAAUCAUUCUGUCUCGUAUGAAGAAGCUUUCGGACUCGUCCUCCAUCCGGUUACUGUCCGACGAGUUCCGGCAGCACUCAAAACGCUUCACCCAACUUCCCCCUCCGGAGAGCUACGUGGGGGGCAUUAUGCUGCUCUGGCCCUUGUUCCUGGCGGGGAUCGUCGAGAAUCCCCAUCAUCCGUUGCGCCGAUGGGUCAUUCAAUGUUUGAAGAUGGUCGGCCACAGCUAUGGACUGGACCAGGCGCUCGCCGUGAUGGAUAUCGUGGCUGUUGACCCAGGCAUCCCUCUUGUGGAAGGGGAACGCACCGUGGCAGAAGAGUAUGUCGCGGACGAGUAUGCCUCACCUGAGGCGCUCCCUGACCUCCACUUCACCCAGAUCCCGACGUCGGCUGAUGUGAUCUUCUGA